GUUGUGUUGUCUCUGCUGUAGGCCGGCGCAUCUGUUCGGUCCCAAACACAUGAGAGCUUCAGCAGAGGUUUGUAAAAGUCGACCUUCACGUAAAGACUGAAACAUCAGUGAAAGCCGCGGUUACAUUCUUGUUUAAAUGUAACGUGUUACUGCUGUGAGUACGGACAACAUGAUCGAGAGGUGUCAGAGACAUCUGGAGAGACCAUGCACAACUGGGCACGUUACCUCAUCUUUUUUCAGUACAUUGGAACAAAAUACAGUGGUGCAGUCAAAGUGCCUCCUCAUCAGGUGAAGAGGAAAGGGAUCCAGGACCACUUGGAGGAUGCGAUAAGGAGGCUGAGGCCCGUCAACCCAGUGUCUCUGACAGUCUCCAGCAGGACAGACACAGGUGUCCACGCCCUCUCUAACUCUGCCCACUUUGACCUCCAACGCAGUAACAACAAGCUGCCCUUUCCUGAAGACAUUCUUGUUAAGGCCCUGAAUUACCAUCUCGGGUCUGAACAAAUCAGGGUCACCCGUGCCCACCGCGUGCCUGAUAACUUCCACGCCCGUUUUCACGCCAAGACCCGGACUUAUGUUUACCGGAUAGCCCUGGGAUUCCCCCACCACUGUCAGCUUCCCCUCACAGACCACAAUCUGUGCUGGAACAUCCGCAACACGGAGCUGGAUAUGGGAGCCAUGCGCCAAGCUGCUGCCCUGCUGGUUGGGACUCACAACUUCAGCAGCUUCAGGGCCAUCAACUCUGACAUGCCUUUUAAAAACCCUGUCAAGACACUGGAUGUGGUCGACAUACAGCCAGGCAGCUCUUUUGCACACGCACACUUCCACAGGGACAUACCAAUCUGGGAGCUGACUUUUAGGAGCAAAUCUUUUCUCUACAAGCAGGUGCGGAGGAUGACAGGGGCCCUGGUGGCAGUAGGCCAGGGGCGGCUGUCAGUGCCCCAGCUAAAGGACAUAAUGGAGGCUCAAGACUCUGUGGCCUACCCACAGGCCAUGGCUGCUCCGGCUCACGGCCUGUUCCUCACCAGGGUGGACUACAGAGACACAGACCUGCAGCUUCCACAACAGUCAUCAGAGGAGCAACUUUCCUCCACUGGAAACACAGAUGAUUAAUUCUACUUGUACAAUUCAUUCAUGUUAAUGUAUUUCCAUACUGCUGUUAUGUAAUGAUUGUAAUAAAGUUUUUGUACUUA